AUGGCUGUCAUUAAUCAACCAGGUACCCAGAUCAAAUUAACCAACGUAUCGUUGGUUAGAAUGAAGAAGGGAAAGAAGAGAUUUGAAAUUGCAUGUUAUCAAAACAAAGUUCAAGAUUGGAGACUGAAAAUUGAGAAGGAUCUUGAUGAAGUACUUCAAAUUCCUCAAGUGUUCCUUAAUGUUUCUAAAGGUCAAGUCGCCAACAAUGAAGAUCUUUUGACUGCAUUUGGUACAACAAACCAAGAUCUUAUAAUCAGUGAUAUCUUGGAUAGAGGAGAAAUUCAAUUAAAUGAAAAGGAAAGAGUUGCAAACUUAAGACAAAAACAAAAUGAAUUCUUGACUAUCAUAUCCACCAAGUGUAUAAAUCCCAAAUCAAGAAAGAGAUAUCCUCCAAGUAUGAUUCAAAAAGCAUUGUCAGAAUUGAAAUUCCAUUUGAACCCUAAUAAGAAUACCAAAACUCAAGCUUUAGAAGCGAUCAAAUUAUUGGUAUCAAAGCAAUUAUUCCCUAUCCAAAGAGCCCAAAUGAAAGUUAAGGUAAUCUUGGUACUCAGAGUCAAAGAUCAAGUAUAUGAACAAUUUAUUAGGCCACUUUUAGAUGUAGUUGAAGAAGAAACAAGUAAUGAUAAAGUAUUUGAAUCAACUAGUGUUAUUGAUCCUACCAAUUACAAAGCAAUUGUUCAAGUUUUACAAGGUGAUAAUGCUAAGAUACAACGAGGUGAAGGUACCGUGGAAGUUUUGGAUAUGGCUGUCUUAAAAACAGAGUAA